GCGGCCGCAUAGGUGGUAGUAGCUUCGUGUACAGCGUGGCGCGCGCAUCCACACACACAUCGCACCAUAAUCGCGAUAUUAUUAUCGUCGUCGCCGUCGUCGUCGUCGUCGUCGUCGUGUUAUCGCGCGAAAUUUAAUAGAAUUUCAUAACGGCCGCGAGUCCGUCACAGUGUGAUCUGAACGGCGACACGACGUGUCCGUCCCGCGCGACACAGCGCCCAGCACGCGUAAAACCGAAUUUCCUGUGAAAAACCAUAUUUUUUGAAAAAAUAAUUUUCCGAAUCGAAAAAUUGUCGACCAGUCGCCCGCGUGUCACGAACCUAUGGUGAUAAAAUAAUAACAUUUCAUUUCACGAUACGUCCGACGUCGGUUGUACCUACGACUUAAUAAUAUUAUAAAAAUUAUCAUACGCAUAUUAUUAUAACCUUAUCGUCGCAUUGCGAUCACCGUGUCUUUCGUGCUAAAAAAAAAAAUUAAUUGUUAGUGUCGUUUUUUUUUUCCUAAUUAUACAUUUUUUUUUUUUUACCAGUGUAACAAUUAUAAUUUUUUUUUAUCCACAAGCCUCGAACGAUAUCAUUAUUGUAUUAAAAUAUAAUUUCUAUAAAUAUAAAGUGAUUUUUUUUUUUUGUAAACCAAACGAUUUUUAAUAAAUUAUUUUUUUUACGCGAAAAUAUUUUUGUCAGUGUUUUGUGAUUUUUUGUUAAUUUAUUCAUUCGUUUUCUUACUAUAUUUUGUAUGUAUAAUAAAGUGUAUUUUAAUCAUAAUAAUUUAUUUGAACUUCAUUAAUAUAUUAAAAUAUUCUUUAUCCAGAAUUUCACAACAAUCCGUACAAGGUUGACCGGAGAGCCGCCGAGCAAUGGACCGCUGCCGAAUAAUCGCCGUCGCCGCCGCCGUUUGGCUGCUGUUGCCCGUCGGGAUGUUCGCCAAUCAACUCAGAGGUUACGCCGAAAGCUGCGUCAACGAAGGCGAAAUUGUAAACGUGCUCACCAUCAAGAACAUGAUGUGCAACACGUGCAUGUGCAAAAACGGAUUCGUGGAGUGCGUCAAAGACCAGUGCCCCGACGAACAGGGCUGCUAUAUGUUGCAAGACGUUUUCGUGGACACGAAGGAAUGCUGUAGGCGGUGUAAAGGUUGCGUUUACAAGGGUGUGCCCAGGGACAGCGGCACCGAGUGGACUGAUCCGAACGACCCUUGCAUGGUGAUGUCGUGUAAAGCCGGCGUGGUCACCGAGACGCGAAUGCAGUGCAUCACACCCUGCCAACAGCCAUUGCCGCCGAAACCGGGAACUUGCUGUCCGACUUGUUCGGGUUGCCGGGUUAUCGGGCAAGAGGUGGCCGCCUGGAAGAACAUCAGCCUGUACGACGACCCGUGUCUGACCUGUCACUGCGAGAGAUCCGCGGCCGGACCGGUGCUCACCUGUUCGAAAAAGGCGUGCCCUGUGCUCCAGUGUCCGUCCAGCAGCAUGCAGAUACUGCCGGGCGAAUGCUGCCCCAGAUGCGUGGGCAAGAGUAGAAAAUUGAUGGACCCACCGAGAGGAGCCUGUCUGUUGGGCGAUAAGAUCACGCCGUCGGGCCAGGGGACGCACCCGGACCGGUGCACCGAGUGCACGUGCGCCAACUCGACGGUGGUAUGCAAUCGGGAGACUUGUCCGCCACUGGACUGUCCCGUCGAGAAACAGACGUUCGCGUCGCAUAACCAGUGCUGCCCGCAGUGCCCGAGGACCCUGGACAAGAGCGAAACGUGCAUGGAGAAUGGCAACAUUUACUUGAACGGCGACGGCUGGAAAGUGGACGAGUGCAAGUCAUGUCUGUGCGUCCGUGGCCAAGUGCAGUGUGCCCAAGAGAUGUGUCCACGCAUCUCGACGUCGUGCCCAGUCAAUAUGAAGCUGCGAACCGUUCCGGGUUCGUGUUGCCCCCGAUGUGUACCGAUGGAUGGAGUGUGCACGGUGUUUGGUGACCCACAUUACAGGACAUACGACGGAAAAUUCUUUAGCUUCCAAGGACCUUGCAAAUAUCUGUUGAGUGCGGAUUGUGUGGGCCGGACGUUCAGCAUUCGGGUGACUAACGACGCGAGGAACACGAAAAAUUCAGCGUGGACAAAAACUAUUUCUUUGAGGACCGGAGGUUUGAAAGUAAACCUUGGCGAGAAUAAACGGAUCAAGAUCAAUGGACAGAGAGUGUCUGUGCCGUACAAGAGGAGCAACGAGCUCACCAUAUCCAACAUGAACGAUACCGUAUUGGUUGAGACCAGGAUUGGCGUUUCUAUCAUUUGGGAUGGACGAGGAUUUCUGGAAGUGUCCGUACCGUCGAGGUACAAAGGCAGUCUGUGCGGACUGUGUGGAAAUUUCAACUCUGUGCCCAGAGACGACAUGACCACUAAGGACGGCCAAGUAGUGUUGGAGCCCCAAGUGUUCGGAUCGUCUUGGCGCGUGGGUGGCAAGAACGCGUGCAGCCGGCCGUUGAGACCCGCGUUUGUGCAAACGUCGACACAGUGUUCCAAGAAGGGGCCCCGGAUUCGAGAACGGAUGUGCAAGCCGCUCCGACAACAAAUGUUUGCCGCAUGCCACAAAAAGCUCAACCCAGUCAACUUUUUCAGGUCCUGUCUGAUGGACAUGUGCGAGUGUCCCACCGGCCGGAAGUGCUAUUGCGAGGCGAUGACAGCGUACGCGCACAACUGUCGCCGCCUUGGUGUGUCGCUGCCGGACUGGAGGACCAUGACCGGAUGCCACACAUACUGACCCGCGUCCUCACAUCCAUCCCGUGCAGUAGACUCCGCUUGUUUGUUGUUGCUAGUCAUUGUUUUUUUACACCUUCAACUUUGCGGUGGUCGCCGCGCGUUUACCUGACCGACGGGUCGAAAUGAUCGUGACAGACCGUUUCCACGUUACCGUUCUUAUUAUAUUACAUAAAAUUAAAUAAAAUUUAAAAAAAAAUAGUAAUAAUAAUUUAGUAACAAUUAACUUAACUUUUAAGUGGCUACAACAAACUCUGACCCGGCGACUCUACCGUUUGCAGGCGGGUGUCCGUCGCAUAACAAUAUCUAUUACACUUUUACUACCAUAAUGUCAAUGGUUUUAUUUAUUUACAUUUAAUCAGUUCGAUUGUACGAUCGCGACUAACCUAACCGAGGUCGGCCGAUUUUUUUAAAACCUAAACGCCGGCGUUUACACUGUAACAUACAUACCGCGGUUCAGUAUAAGUACCACAAAACAGAUUACAGAGUAACGUUAUUGUUUGCGUUCAUAUAUUUCGAUAUUGGCCUAUAUGAUAAUUUAUUUGUAGUGUGUUUUCGUUUUUAUCACGGAUUUCGACGAAUUUUUCUCAUCAUUCGUGACAAUAUAAAUUAUUAUUAUAUUAUAAUAAUAUUACAGUAGCUAUGCGCGUAACCGCAAGCGGCUUUGUUACUUAAUAUAAUAUUUAGCAUGCCUUAGUGACAGAGAGAACAACGUUCUUUUAUACAUUCUGGUUGUCGUAUACUAUAUUAUAGUAUUAUGUUAUUAAUUAUCAUAGUUAGUAAUAUUGUUAAAAAAAAUGUUUCAGUAGAACGCUUAAAAAAUAUCAAAUUGUUUAAUAAUUGUAUUUUAUUUUUCGAAGAAAACACUAAAUCAAUCUAGGAUAUUAUUGUAAUUAUAGAUAGUUAUUAAAAUCAAUAUAUUAUAUAUUAUUAUAUAGGUAAGAAGGUUCAUAUUAUAUUACUAUGCUAUAGAAUUAUUAUAAUGAAAAAGUAUUUUAACUACGUUAAGCGAAAUAUUGUAAAAUAAUAUUUGUCAAAUUUAUGUUCCUACUUUUAUGUUUUUUUUUUUCACUUAUUUAUUUUUUCUAGAAAAAAACUUUAUACU